AUGUACAAGCAAUUCCUCGAAAGAUUCGGACUCACGAUACCUGUAAUGCAAGCGCCCAUGGCAGGGGUGUCUACAGUGAAGAUGGCCGCGGAGGUUGCCAAAGCGGGAGCCUUAGGUUCUUUGCCAAUGGCGUCAGUCAACUUGAUCGAGUCGACAGAGUCUGUUUUUGAGCAGAUCAAGGCCUUCAGAGAUCUAGCAGGAGAUAAGGUCCCAGUCAACAUCAACUUCUUUGCCCACGACUUCGCCAAACAGGUGCCUCCAGGUCCUGAGGAGCGGAGCAACUGGUACAAGCUCUUCUCACAUGCUGGCCAGGUGAGCGAAACACAAUUGAAAGAUGCUGUACCCGAGUUUCACCGUAUCAAUGUGUCGUUCAAGGAGUUUGAGCACAAACGCCCCGAGCAAACAGCUCACUUCAUCGAAAGACUCGCCUCGUGCAAUGUGAAGAUCGUAUCGUUCCAUUUCGGACUCCCGGAACCAGCUACGGUGCAACUUUUCCACCUCAACAACAUGCAUGUUUUUGCUUGUGUAACAUGCGUGGAGGAAGCCCAGGCCGCUUUGCAAGCUGGUGUAGACGCUUUGGUGUGUCAGGGUUACGAAGCUGGUGGUCACCGAGGCAACUUUCUCAAUGAAGGUGAAAACGACACCAAGUUGACCACAAAGGAGUUAUUUACAGAAGUCAGAGAACUCGUGGGUGCUUCAAGCCCUGUUUUUGUGGUGCCUGCUGGAGGCAUUGUCAACGGGAAAGAAGCGGGUGAGUUCAUUAAGCAGGGCGCCGCAGCGGUGUCGAUGGGCACGGUGUUUGUCACUAGCGCCGAACUGAGCGCUCCUCCUUAUAUCGGCGAUGUGGUACAAGGAGCGGGAGAAAAACCUGAAACAGUAAUGACCUCCUUGGUGUCAGGGAAAACCGCCCGAACCCUUAAAACCCCAUUUAUUGAGGCUCUCCAAAAUCAAUCCCUGGGAAACCUUCCUCUGUAUGGCUACCUGUACUACGCCUAUAAAUCGGCUGCGAAAUUGUUUCCCCCAGGAUGCGGGUUCUACUUGGCCGGUAAAAAUUACACCAAAGUCACGCCAGGCGGUAAAAGUCACGACAUAGUGCGGGCGUUGUCCAGGGACAUUAAAAGUGUUCUUGUCGAGGAGUGA